AGAAUAACAAAAACUCAAAACAUCAAUAGCCAACCAUGGAAGGAAGAAAUCUCUUCUUCCUCAUGAGUAUAAUUUUGCUCUUAAUUUUCACUUUCUUAAACUUACCAUCUCCGCUUUCUCACACAACUGAUCAGCAUUUCGACUGCACCACUUACUCCCCGUGGUGCAGUUCGAAAAAACCCUUUUUCCUCCGGCAACCGGAAAAUUCUAAAAAUCACUACGCCGAUUUCCCCAAUCAUCCUUUAGACCCACUGACAAUCGGAGAAAUUCAAAAGGUGAAGAAAAUCGUUAAUUUGAUUGCGGAAUUUAGGAUUAAAGGUUGCGUUCUUCACUCUGUCGUACUCGAAGAGCCAGAGAAGGAGGUAGUGUUGAACUGGCGAAAAGGUCACCGGCUUCCGCCGCGGAAGGCGGCUGUCGUUGCGCGUGCGCUCGGCGUCGUGCACGUGCUUUCCGUGGAUAUUGAAACGGGUCGUGUGACCCGACGUGAAACGGGUAGUUAUUCGGGUUACCCGAUCCUGACGAUCGAGGAUAUGAUCACUGCCACUUCUGCCCCGUUUGCUAGUUCUGAUUUUAACCGUUCGAUUAUCCAGCGUGGCGUUGAUUUGGCUGACCUGGCAUGUCUACCCAUCUCCACUGGUUGGUAUGGAAAAAUCGAGGAGAAACGAAGAGUGAUUAAAGUACAAUGUUAUACAUUGAAGGACACUAUCAAUUUCUAUAUGAGACCAAUUGAAGGAUUAACAGUACUUCUUGAUUUAGACACCCAACAAGUUAUCGAAAUUUUCGAUGAAGGAAAGAGUAUACCAAUACCAAAGGCUGCCAACACAGACUAUCGCUACUCUCGUAUUAAAAAAAAAACACAAAAAAUAAACUUACUCAAACCAAUAUCAAUUGAACAACCAAAUGGUCCAAGUUUCACUAUAGAGAACAAUCAUCUAGUUAAAUGGGCAAAUUGGGAAUUUCACCUCAAGCCGGACCCGAGAGCCGGGGUUAUUAUAUCCCGGGCCAUGGUUCAGGAUCCAGAUACGGGGAAGAUGAGGAAUGUUAUGUAUAAAGGGUUUACGUCGGAGUUGUUUGUACCUUACAUGGAUCCAUCAAAUGCAUGGUAUUUUAAGACGUAUAUAGAUGCAGGUGAAUACGGGUUCGGGUUGCAAGCGAUGCCACUUGACCCGUUAAAUGAUUGUCCUCGUAAUGCGUAUUAUAUGGAUGGUGUUUUUGUGGCAGCUGAUGGAACACCAUAUGUGCGCUCCAAUAUGAUUUGUGUGUUUGAAAGAUAUGCUGGUGAUAUUGGAUGGCGACAUGCUGAAUGUCCAAUUACUGGUUUACCGAUACGAGAAGUAAGGCCAAAGGUGACAUUAGUGGUGAGAAUGGCAGCAUCAGUAGGAAACUAUGAUUAUAUUGUUGAUUGGGAGUUUCAGAACGAUGGACUUAUUCGACCUAAGGUUGGACUAAGUGGAAUAUUGAUGGUGAAAGGCUCUCCAUAUGUGAACAUGAAUCAAGUAAACCAAAAUGAGUAUCUCUAUGGCACUCUCUUAUCUGAAAACAUAAUAGGAGUCAUCCAUGAUCACUAUGUAACUUUCCAUCUCGACAUGGAUAUCGAUGGUCCAUCGAACAAUUCUUUCGUGAAGGUGAAUCUCCAGAAGGAGAUAACUUCUCCUGGAGAAUCACCGCGAAGAAGCUACUUAAAAGCUGUUAGAAAUGUGGCUAAAACUGAAAAAGAUGCACAAAUUAAGCUCAAACUAUAUGAUCCUUCAGAAUUCCAUGUGAUUAAUUCUAAUAAGAAAUCAAGAGUUGGGAACCCUGUUGGUUACAAAGUGGUUCCUGGUGGAACUGCUGCUAGUUUACUUGACCAUGAUGAUCCUCCACAGAAGAGAGCUGCUUUUACUAAUAACCAAAUUUGGGUCACACCUUAUAAUGAAUCUGAGCAAUGGGCUGCUGGCUUGUUUGUUUAUCAAAGUCAAGGUGAUGACACUCUUGCUGUUUGGUCUGACAGAGACAGGGCAAUUGAGAAUAAAGACAUAGUGUUGUGGUAUACACUAGGGUUCCAUCAUAUUCCAUGCCAAGAAGAUUUCCCUAUAAUGCCAACAGUAUCAUCAAGUUUUGAGAUAAAGCCAGUUAAUUUCUUUGAGAGUAACCCAAUUCUCAAUAUUCCACCUAAUUCUCCAAAGGACCUCCCAAUUUGCAAAGCUGCUGCUUCUGCUUGAUCAUAUAUUAACUGUAUUAUAUGUG